AUGAGAAUUGUUCAAGAUCCUAAUGAUUUUGUUGAUUCAUUCUUGGGAGCACAACGUGAGGCUGCUGUAUCUUUUGGCAUAAACACAAUUUUGCUGGAAAAAUAUAUUACAAAACCAAGUCACAUAGAAGUCCAGAUCUUUGGGGACAAAUUCGAUAAUGUAAUACAUCUUAAUGAGAGAGAUUCCAGUGUCCGGAGAAGAUAUCAGAAAAUAAUCGAAGAAGCUCCCGCUAAGGAAAAAUCAAUGGCCAGGGUUAAACAGCCGUCCAGAUGGAAAGCUACUCGCCGAAAGUUUUGCCUAAUUUUCUAG